AACGCAAAACGAAAACCUGGAGCAAAACUUGCCGGGGCCAAAAUUGGGGCCUCAGCAACUCCUGCAAUGGGAGGACCUGCUCCGCCUGCUUCUGUCAGUGGCCAACUGAAACCAGUCGCUACUCCUAGCUUGGCUGGAGCUUCUGUUAAUACUGUACAUAACCAUGGUCUGGCCGGCCAGACUCCAGCUAAUGUUCAUCCAACUGUAGGUCAAAGUUCUGCUAAACAAUCUUCCAGUUUUACGCGCGAGGCUACAUCGAACCGGCCUGAUUCACAUGUCACUAGUACUGAACGCUCCGGCCUUCUGGAAGUUAGCUUAGAGGAGAAACAAGCAGCGUAA